AUGCCUUCAUUCUCCCAGACGCCUUCGUCGAAACAACGGGAUGGCCGUAGAGCUCCCCCACUACCGUCCAAUUUCACCAGCAUCAAAGACAUUCUGGACGAGCAGGUUCCUGUGGGCCGCCAGGUUUGUGUCUUAGGUAUAGUGAAGGACUUUCGAGCCCCUAUAGCAACGGGCCGUACUGAUCACAAGUGCACCGUCACCCUGUAUGAUGAGUCUACUGAAGAGGACAAUGAUGGUGUCAACGUCAACAUUUUCCGCCCUGAGAAAGAGAUGCCUCACUUCAACGCUGGCGACAUUGUUAUGGUUCUCAUGGUCAAGGUCCAGAAAUGGAAUGGGUCACUGUCUCUCCUCACGAACUUCAAUACGGACAUCCACGUAUAUGAUGGCUCUAAAAUUCCAAAGCCACCAAAAUCGGCUUUCGCUGCGUUGAGAGAGCCAAGGGGGAGAGUCAAGCGCGAGCCUAAUGCUAAAGAGCAUGAGUAUGUCUCGUGGAUGUACCAGCAGGUUGACAAAGGCUACAUCCCCGAUGAGACACUAUUUCAGGCGAGGACGGAGCAGUCAUUAAACGUCAAGGAGAAAUUCACGCUCCUCAAAGACGUCAAGGAUGGCAAGUUUGCCGACAUCAUCGUCCAGGUGGUGAAAGAGCCCUACGACCUUGGCGACAAGAUGACGCUCUGGGUCACAGACUAUACGGAAAAUCCGGCUUUCUUCCACAAGACCUACGAUGGCGUGGACGAUCUGGUGGCGCGCGAGAGGGAUGGCGAUCCGUAUGGCUACACGAAGAAAUUCAAUGCCAAGACGGCAAAAUCAGUAUCACCAGACUUGUCGCAGCAGUGGAAUGGCCCUUUCGGCAAGAAGACCAUGCAGGUCACCUGCUGGGAGCCGCACGCCAGCUUCAUCCGUUCCAAUAUACAGAUGAGCGAAUGGGUUCGCCUGCGGAACGUACAGAUCAAAUUUGGGCACAAUUCCGCCAAUAUUGAGGGGUUUCUCCGCGAAGACCGUACAUUUAUGGGAAAGAUGCUCGUAGAUAUCCUCGACCCGGCUGACGAUGCGGAGAUGAUCGAUCCCCGCUUCAAAGAAGCGAUCCGGCGCAAGCGAGACUAUGAACGCGAGAAGAAGACGCAGCUCAAGGGCAUCGUUGCAGAAGUGACUCAAGCCAAGAAGAGGAAAGCCUCGCUGCAAGAAGCAGAGGAGGCCGCAGAUUCAGAGCCAGAUAGGAAAAGAGGGAAGCUCAACUCCAGAUCCCGCCGCAAGGCAAAGCGGGCUGCUCUGGAGAAGAAAGAAGAGAAAGAGAAACAAGACCCCGCGUUGGAUGUGAGCGAGCUGAUAUUAUGCGAGUAUCCAAACCAGGAGAUCACGCCUCUCUCGCAGAUACUAGCACCAAUUUUCUACAAUACUCGCAUCGAUGAUGAGGACGUCAAGAUCCAAAUGCCUUUCACCAAUGCAAAAUAUAGAACACAUGUACGUGUAGUCGACUUCCAUCCGCCAAAUCUUGAAGAUUUUGCUGUGGUCAAAAAGAAGGGGGAGUACGAUGUACUGUCUGAUAACAGCGGCGACUCCUCCGACGACUCUGAUGUGGAGAUACCGAACAAGUUCACAUCAGGAUCUUGGGAGUGGCGAUUCGCGUUGAAGCUGGAGGACGCCACUGCAAAGCUGAAACCACAGCAGCGGAAGACGUUCUGGGUAGUCGUCAACAACGUACAAGCACAGCUACUCACGAACCUGGACGCAAAAAACUUGCGGGCUGAUCCUGAGAACCUAGAGACGCUCCGCGAGACACUGUUCAAACUAUGGGGAGAUCUCGAAGAACGGAAACGGGCCGUCGAGGAGGCGAGAAAUGGCAAACUUAGGGGACGCAAGCAGCUGCCGGGUGAGCGACCACCACUGGAUAGCUCGGAUGGAGAGGGGAAUGGCGGCGGCAAAGAGCCCACCCUGAGCCAGACCUCCAAUAAGCCAUUCACUUGUUGUCUACAGCAGUAUGGCAUAAAGGUUAAGGCAAGAAAUGCCCAGGAGGCUAAUGCUGGAGAAAACUGGAAAUGGGAGCGUGUUUUCUCUUUGUUUGGGACAAAAAUUCGUAGCGACUAA